UAGGGAACAUAUGGUGUUGUAUAUAAAGCCUUAGAUAUAUCAACUAAUGAAUUUGUGGCUAUAAAACAAAUAAGAAUGGAUCCAUCUGAAGACGAAGGAAUACCUGCCACAACUUUAAGAGAAAUUGCAAUGUUAAAAAAACUAAAUCAUUAAAAUAUUGUAAAAUUGAGAGAUGUUCAUAUUUUUUUAGAUGAACCAAAAAUAUAUUUGAUUUUUGAUUAUUAUAAAAGAGAUUUACGUACUUAUUUAAAAGAAAUGCCUGAUCCAGAGACUAAAAACAUAUAGUUUUUUAAAAAAUGUUUAAAUAAAUACUAGAUGCAGUUGAUUAUUGUCACUCAAAUGGGGUACUUCAUAGAGAUUUAAAGCCUUAAAAUAUACUUGUUAGUGAUAAUGAUGAAAUUAAAAUUGCUGAUUUUGGUUUAGCUAGGGCUUUUAAUUAUCCAAUGAAAGAAUUAACUAAGGAUAUAGUAACUUUAUGGUAUCGUUCUGCCGAUUUAUUAUUAGGUGAAAAAAAAUAUGAUCUUUCUAUAGAUAUGUGGUCUGUAGGAUGUAUUUUGGCUGAAUUUAUUACUAAAAUACCAAUUUUUAUGGGAGAUUCUUAAAUUGAUUAGCUUUUUAAGAUAUUUAAGGUUACAGGAACACCGAAUUAGUAAAUAUGGCCUGAAGUUGUAAAAUAUGAAGAUUUCAAAACAAGUUUCCCAAGAUUUUAGGCAGAUAAUAUAUUUAGAAAUUAACCAAAAUUUCAGAUUAUAGGAGAAUAUGGAAUUUAACUUUUAGAAUCAUUACUUACUAUAGUUCCUUACAAAAGACUUAAUGCUUACGAAGCAUUAAAUACACCUUUUUUUAAAAUUUGA